AUGAGUGAACGUGAAAAAGACACAAUACCAGAAACCUUUGUGUCCCGCAAGAGCAAAAUCCUCGCAGAACUCUCCAUCCCCGAUGCUGAGUAUACAGAUCUAUCACCCAAGGGCUCCGUCGACGAGGGUAUCCGCGAUCUCAUCCGCGACGUGAACGCCCUACCAGGCCUGGUAACAACCAGUAGCUGCGCUGGACGAAUCAGCGUGUUUCUGGAGGGGAGAAAGAGCAAACCCCCACCACAGCAGCAAGCCCUUCCUGAACAGGACGAAUCCUCAAACGAACCACAAAGACUGUUCGUUCCCUCCGGGGGCAAAGGUGCCGGGAGAUGGCUGUUCGUGUCCCACGAGUCUUUGAAAGAGUAUGGAGUCCCUGGGUCUGGGUCUCAACCUGAACCUGGCGAUGCGGAAACAAAGCCAGGGCAGGAAGGGACGAGCAAGUCGUUGUGUGAACUGUUCGGGAUGGGGCCUGGCGAUGGGAAGCCUCCGGGGAUGAACAAACAAGGCCGAGCCCCGCGCCUGGUGCGCUUCCAUUUCGAGCCUAUGAUUUUGCAUAUCAUGGCAGCUACACUCCACCACGCGCACCCUGUUUUAUCUGCCGCAUCAGCAUCUGGCUUCCGCGAAAGCGGCUUGCAAAGUCUACGCUGCCUGGAUGCCGAAGACGGUCCAAGUCCGAUUGUCGCUGUGCGCUCGGCCGGUCUAUCACUGGAGUCGGUGAUCGGGUACUGCGAAGAAGGCACCGACGAUGAUGACCACGUGGAUGAGGAGCCCGUCAUUCGGAGUCUUGUGACAGAAGAAUAUCUGCAGAUGUUGGUGGCGAUGUCUAAUGAGCGAUUUGAGGUCAAUACGGAGCGGAAGGAGCGGUUCCGCUCGAGUAUGCUGGACUUGUGCGGUGCGAAGACGAAAGGCAAGGCGAAGAGUUCUGCUGACUGGGAGGAUCCGGAGAAGAGGAGGCAGAGGAAGAGGGCUGAAGGGUUGUUGAGGAAGAAGCAGCUUGAAGAGGAGAAGAAGCUGGAUCAGCAAGAGAGUCUUCAAGAAGAUGUAGAUAUGAGUUAA